AUGGAGAACCCAGUGGCUGAUAUACCUACCGUUAUCCGGGGUCUAACACAGUCGCCGCCAUCUUUUCAAGAAACCGUCCUUCACCGGUAUUUUACCAACAAUGUAUCCUUUACUCAUCCAUUCUGCCGUGUGCCCAGCUUUGAAGGUAGCAGAUGGUGGGUUUCAAAGAUAUUUCAAUGGUAUAAGAUCAUGUCACCCCGGAUCGAGCUAGAGAUCCAUUCUAUUGCUUUUGAUGAAGAUAAACUCAAACUCUAUGUGAAUAUGUCACAGAUCUUCACCAUCUGGCUUGUUCCCUUCCAUGUCGCUCCGGUGACUCUCACUACGGUCUUGGACCUGACGUACGAUUCGGUCAAAAGCGAUGCUACGACCAAUGGCGACCACAAGCUUUACUACAUUUCCAAGCAAGAAGAUCUAUAUCAAACAUCGGAGUUUGUCAAGUUUAUCAUGCCGCAUAUCGGGUAUUGGAUUAUUUUUGGUUGGCAUCUCAUUGCAAGCCUUUUCUGUCUCCUGGGUGUGACUUUGCUAUGGCCUAUACUCUGGCUAGAGGAGAAGCGUUAUAUCCCCGAUCGCUUUUUGCGAGGGGGAAAUUGGGCUUACAAUAUGGAGAAGAAGAUUCCAGAAAUUAAAGGGCAAUGA